AUGAAGACUCUUCAUCUGAGAUCACCAUAUUUGGAUAUGCUUAGUUAUCAAGCAAGAACAAGUAAUGGCCCCGACAAUGAUGAACUUGAAGAAAUUGUGAACGAUAUGUGUGUUAUAAGAUCAGAUUGGGAAAGGUAUUCGGAUAAGAGGCCGCGGUUCAUUAGGAGAAGAGACCUCAUCCUGGAAGUCAAGGGAUGGUUUGAGCUCGUGAGGAGAUCUAUCCUCCCAGCCUCAAACAAUUAUGAGGUCAACAUUGCUCGAGCUACUAUGGUACAUUGCUUAAUGAAGGGUGGAGACAUCAAUGUGCAUAAAAUUAUAGCUGAGGGAAUACAAGAUGCAGUCGAGAAAAAUGAUCCGAGUGCUCAACUUUGGUACCCCAGUACCAUCCUUAGACUAUGUAUGAAAGCCAAGGUAAUCUUCGAAGAUAGCAAUCCAAAAUGGGUAAACCCUGGGAGGUUAGUGCUCCAGCGUAUAACCUUUCUGGCACCCACUCAACAACAAAGAAGGCCUCAGAUAAGGAAAAGAACAUCACAAGAAGAACAUCACCAAGAAGAACCUCAUCAAGAAGAAUACCAGCAAGAAGAGUACUAUGAUCCAUCUAACAUAAACCUGAAUCACAUUCAAGGAGCCAUUGAGGAUCUAGCAAGGAGCUAUAUGGAGGGACAAGAACAACAACUGCCCGUUCAAUCCCAAAGGAUGGAUCGUCAAGAAGAACUACUCUCUAAUUGGAUGAAUCAACAAAGGGAGUGGCAGAAACAACAAAUGGAGCAGCAACAGGAACAUUACUCCCAGCUCACCGAAGCCAUUGAUAAACCACUAUUUUAUGGCUUGAGACCUAAACUCUUCCAGUUCUUGCAGCUGGAAGACCCUUUUUUCACCAGCAGCAGUGCUGUCGAGGUUUAG